AUGAGCCGGAUAGUGACACUGACGACUGAUUUUGGAAAUUCUGAUUGGUAUGUGGGGGCAAUGAAAGGUGUCUUAUUAAGGAUAAACCCAGCUGUGACUAUAGUGGAUAUUACUCAUGACGUUCCGCCUCAGGAUAUUAUUGCUGGGUCAUUUAUUUUAUUGAAUUUCUGUGAUUAUUAUCCUGAAAAUACGAUUCAUGUAGCUAUCGUGGAUCCUGGAGUUGGGUCAGACAGAAGACCUAUUGCGGUAAGGCUAAGCAACUCUCAGAUAUUUAUUCUUCCAGACAAUGGACUCAUAAGCUUGUUAAUGCUGAGGUAUCAAAUCAUCGAGACUUAUCUUAUAAGUAAUCCUGAACUAAUGCUGGAAAAUACUAGCUUUACUUUUCAUGGCCGAGAUAUUUUUGCUCCUGUUGCGGCACAUCUAUCAAAUGGCGCCUCAUUAGCUAGCGUAGGACCAAAUAUUUAUGAUGCAAAAAUUUCACCAAUAAUUAAGCCUGUAUUGGCUCAAGGGUGAGAUUGAGAAAAAAUUGAAAAUUUUCCAUUGGUUGUUUUUAAUAGCCAACUAAAAAUGUUUUCGAAAUUUUCAGCCACAUUUGACUGAAAAAACAAACGGAAAUUUUCAAUGUAGUUUUUUCAGCCUCACCCUUGGCUAAAGAUGAAAUGACAGGGGAAAUUAUUUAUAUUGAUCAUUACGGAAAUUGUGUAACAAAUAUAAGAGAUGAGCUGAAAUAUCCAGUCGAAGAGAUAAGCAUUAAGAACCACAAAUUUUCAUAUAUAAAUCAAACAUAUUUAAUAAUAAAAAUAAUGGCAAUUAAAUUUAUUAAAUUCCUCAUUAGCGUCGCUACCAAAUUGCCAGCUGCCAUGACUAUCUCAAAACACUCUGGAGGAAUUUGGGCUAUCUUCCUCCAGCCCGCCAAAAUGCGGCCACCUUGACUUUGUUUCACGACAAAGACGCCAGUCUUGAAGUUUGUACUCCGACAACUUUUCUUUGGCCUUUAGUCCUGCUUGGAUCCAUUAGGUACCUAAAGGUCCCUGUCUCCACCGCUAAGUAGGUGUAUCCUUCUAGAAAUUUGAUUCCCUAACUCCCCCCUACGUAAGCGAACAAAAAUAUUUUGUCCGUUUAUGGAGAGGGAUUAAUUUUUUUUUUAAAAUUUUUUUUUCUAGCUCCCCUCCUCAGUGAGCGAACAAAACCAUUAGAAAAAUCCCUAUUUUUUGCCCAAACCCAGCCUCCGUGAGUGAACAAAAAUUUUUUAUGGAAAAAAAUUUUGAUAUAUAAGUGAUAAUAGUAUAAUGAAAUCGCUAGCUAAUUAAUUUUAAACAGAUUACGUUCUAAAACAUAAAUUUUUACAAAUAAAAUUAAUAUUUGCUCUCCAACUUUUGCGAAUUAGGAUUUUUUUAAAUUUCGAGAUAAAAAAAAUUAAACCCUCGUAGAGCGAACAAGACUAUUUUGUUCGCUCAAAGAGAGGGGGAGUAAGUUUAAAAAUCCCAAUUAGGAAAAUUGGAAAGGAAUUAUUAAUUUAAUUUGUAAAAUUUAUGUUUUAAUGCAAGUUGUUUAAAAUUAAACAGAAUUAGCUAGAGAUUUCAUUAUAAUUAUCAAAAUUUUUAUUCUCUCUCAUGGAGGGAGGAUUUUUUGGGCAAUAGCAGGGAUUUUUCCAAUAUUUUAUUCUCCCAUGGAGGGGGAUAAGUCAGGAGCCCGAUAGAAAAAACCACUCAGCUCUAACUCCCCUGAAACUCUGGAAUAAUUUCAUAUAAUUAAAUUAGGCAAGAGAGUCGGAGUCCAGAAAAUUCGAGCAACACUAUGUUUUAGCAAAACCAAACAUAUUCAGAGGUAGAGAUUGGGUCUCCUUUAAUUCUAUUCGGAAGUCAUCAAUUCUUAGAAAUUGCAGUUAAUCAAGGCAAUGCACAGCGUUUAUUAGGCAUAAGCAAGCAUGAUUUGAUAACUGUCAAGCUUUUGCUUGAUUAG